UGCUCAUCAGCUUCGUUUCUCAUUCACACCACACGGCCCGGUUGGGCCCACAACGAGCUUCAUUCGUGUGGGAAUGUGGUUACUGCCGAGCUCACCUUUCACUUGUUCUCCAAAUCAAAAGUUGAUUCGGUAGGAGCACUUGACUCCUUGAGUGAGAGGAUGGGUGAACAGGGCAAGAGAGGCGGAAAGAAGGCGAGGGCGCAGGCCAUGCCCGACGGCGUGAUCAAGCAAGAGCAGCAAGAGGUCGGAGAAGUACAGGAGGAGGAUGAACAAGAAGAGCAAGUGGAAGGAGAAGUUAGCAAAGGCAGCUGCUCGGGAACCAUGGUGGGUGUUGAAGCCAUGGAGACCGAGCCGCAGAUCAAUUUGAGGUUUGGGCUGACUCUGUUCCAGUGUCGAGCUUGCCUCCUUCCCCUCAAACCUCCUACGUUCAAGUGCGAGGCCGGGCACGUGGUAUGCGCCGCCUGCUGCCGCAGCCACGGGCAAGCGUGCGGCGGCGCCGCCACCUACUCCCCCUGCGUCGAGGUGGACGCCUUCGUGCGCGACGCCAAGCAGCCGUGCGCCCACGAGGAGUUCGGGUGCGAGAGCUCCGUGGCCUACUUCGAGGCGGCGGAUCACCGCCGCGCGUGCCCGGACCCCGGCUGCGGUUUCAUCAGCUCGCCGGCGAGGCUGGCCGACCACUUCGCCGCCGCCCACUCCUGGCCCGUCACCGAGGUGAGCUACGAGAAGCCGCACAGGCUCCCCGUGCCGCCGCCGCAGGGCUGGCACGUCCUCAUGGGCCAGGGCGACCGGUGUGUGUUCCUGCUGUCCGCGUGCGCGCUCGGCGAAGCCGCCGCCGUGGCGCUGGUGUGCGUGAGGGCGAACGGCGCCGCGGCGGAUGGGGCGCCCCAGUUCAGGUGCAAGCUCUGGGCGGAGGCCGCGAGCAGGACGGAGAGCAUGACGAUGAUGACGUCCGCGGUGAGGAGCAGCAGCCUGGCCGGCGGGUUCUCGGCGGCCGACCAGGAAAUGUUCCUGGUGGUGCCGCCGGAGAUCCUGCACGACGUGUCCGGCGAGGCGCCCUUCGUCAUGGUUCGCAUAGAUAGAACCGGCGCCGCUGGUGCCGCCGCCAGGUCCACGACUCCACCGGUGAGGAGGAGCUCAAGGAGAACGCAGUGAUGGCUUUCUGAUUGCCGGCGUGUUCUUGGUGCCAGCGGAGUCCCUGGUUGUGAAUUGACCUCGUGCGGUGCCGGCGAGCUAUCCACUCUGCAUUGCUUUCUGGUUGCCGGCAUACUGGCAACCAUAUAGCCAUUGCAGGCGUGCUGCUGCUUGCAGCUAGGAUUCAAACUUGGGAAGGAGAACUUUUCACAAAAAAAGAAAAAAAAAACUGGGAAGGAGCUACUAGUUCUUUGUGUGCGUGCCCCGCUUGUGUGCUUCUCCUCUCCUCUCAUAUCAUCUGACUUUGUAGAUUUGAGCUUCAGUUUUUUUUUAUUUCUUGUGUGUUGUUCCUCUUAUUCUGCUGGUAAUACAGGUUAUGCAUGUGCUUGUAAAUCUUUUGUAGUCCUUGUUUGCCUAUCCUACUGUAACACCUUGCCUCGUGGACAGUCCGUUUGGGGGGCGGCGGACGGUCCGCGACGGCUCUGUUUCACUUGUUUUGUGACCGAGGAUCGUCGGUCGCCGCCACAUGCCGACCAUCGAUCUCUUCCCCGGCCACCCCGUACGCCGCAUUGAAGGCGAGCCCAACCUCCUCCACCCACCCCGCGCCCACUCGCUCUCUCUCUCUCAGUUCACUCUCCCUCUCCCUCCCGACGUCUAGUUAGGGGACUUCUCG